ACAUAUACCUAGUAGAAAAAAUUUUCGCGUGCCGAAAAGAAGGGUCUCUGCGUUCAAACUAAUUCAAAUUAUUUUUAGAGGACACGCUACAUCAGGAAACAAUCAAUUGACAAAAUGGAAAAAGAAAAGGAUUACGCCUCUGAUUCAGAUGAAAGUGAUGAAGAUUUCCGUCCAGAUGCUGCCGGCGAAUCUGUUAGCGAGGAAGAAUCCAAUGGCGAAGAUUCUGCUGAUGGAGCAGACAACGAAGCAGCAGAAGCCGAUACGAGCAAGGCCAAGAAUGUCAAGAAAGGCAAACGGUUAACAAAGAAGCAAAGUAAAAAGAGAAACAAUAAAAAGGACUCCGACGACGACGAUGAUGAUGACGAUGAGACGGAAAAUUAUAGAAGAUCUACCAGACAAACUGAUGGUGAUCUAACGAAUGGUAAAAAUAAAACCAUCGAAAAAGACACACUAGAAUCGGAUGAAGAAGAUAAGUCAAGGACAAGUGCGUUGUGGGCAGAUUUCCUGAAAGAUGUUAAUCCCGUUGCUGCAAAAACAAACAAAACCAAUGGUGUAACGACAAAAGCAAGUGUUGUAGAAAAUGCAAGUUCCUCAGAUGCCCCCACAAAUCGGGAAUCAACAAAACUUAACGACAAACCAAAAGAGACUAAUACGAAAAACACAUCUGCCAAAGAAGAGCCAGAGCCACCGAAGAAAAAAGUAAUUGUCACAGAAGUAUUGGAUUUUGCGGGCGAAGAGGUGCGUGUACAGAAAGAGGUGGACGCAUCCAGUAUUAAAGAGAAUACAGCUGCUGUUACGGCGGCACCUAAAAUGCAACCAUUCGGACGUAUAAUGCCAGGGGCUGGCAUCAAACGACCAGCAGGUCCAGGAACUUCUGGCGGUAUUGGUUCACUACUCAAUCAAAUUGGCAAGAAAAAGAAAUUGUCCGUAUUGGAAAAAUCACAAAUGGACUGGAAGAGUUUCAAGACACAAGAGGGAAUCGACGAGGAACUGCAAACCUUUAAUAAGGGCAAAGAUGGAUAUUUGGAACGCCAAGACUUCUUGCAACGCACUGAUCUACGACAAUUCGAAAUUGAAAAAAGUCUACGACAAUCUUCGCGUCGUCCUCUCUAAGCUAUUAAAUCAGGUUAAUUUAAUAAAAAAAAAAAACACUGUUCAGGUAUAAGCAACAACUAUAGUCCGUAAUAUACUUUACACCAUUCAAUUGCAUCGCAUCAAAGAAAUCAAUAAAACAAAUUUAGCAUUAAUUUUUAUUGUACAAUUAUUAUACUUACUAUGUAUGUAUAAUAAACACACACACAUAUUUUUUUAUUUUUAUAAAAAAAAAAAACAAAUUGUAUUCCAUAAUUUUAGUUAACCCGCUAUAAAUCUUUUUAAUAACAAAAAAAAAAAAAAAACUAGAGACGUGUUCAUUCUUUUGAUUGUAAUUAUACAUAUAAAAUACAUUAUAAAUAUACAUAUGAUUAUAUAUUAUAAAUAAUACAAAUAUUAAAUAAAAGCAUAUGAACAAUUAAAA